AUGGAAGUGAAAGAAGAAACAGAAAUCGACGAUCAUUUCGGGGCUCAGAUGCAAUACACCCACUGGCGUAAGGAUAGUGGUGUGGUCGUGACAGAUCUCGAUGGAGGAGGGCGAGGCGCAGAUCGAUGCGAGAGCUCCUUGAAUGGCUGCUGGCCUGCUGAGAGACAGAAGGACACAUCACUCCUGCUGGCCCCCUUCCCACGAUCUUACCGGUCCCCUUGGUGGCUGACAGCUUCAGGGACGGUUUCCAAAAGGAAAUGUGGUCCAGUCGCUUUCUCCAUGGUGAGCGCGAAUUCCAAUCCAAUUUCCUCCCGCAAGGGCGGAGAAUUUCUUGCUUCAAGGGCAACGCAACACCAUGAUCAUGGUGUCCGUUAUUAUCACCCGACCAAAAAGUCCCCUCCUCCGCUGUAUGACCCAGCAGUCGGUCGCAACAAUGCGGGGAGGGCUGGAACCGAUCAUGUUCUUCAAGUUGAGGAUGCAUCGCCAUUGCCAUUUCGACGAGUCAUUCCUGGUACUAGUCUUUUAGCUUGUCCCACCCAGAAGUCCCGAGUGUCCGGAUGA